GGCCUAGGAGUUCUAUAUACGAGUCUGGAUUGUUCAUCAGUACGUCGAACGCGGCUUCAAGGGUCUCUGCUACUGAACGGAAUUGCAGCCGUUGCAUUUGUCUCUUCAAACUACGCAAUGCAAUGUCUCGCAUCUCCUACAAGAGCCGAGAUUGACCUAGCCCAUUCCAAACUUCAAUCUAUAGACAUUGGUAGACAAUCUUUGCGAAACCUUUUGAGAGUGAAGUGGUCUCGAAAGUUAAUAUGGUUGUUCCUCGCAGCGUCUGGAAUUCCUCUACACAUACUGUAA